CUUGAUCCUAUCUAGCUCAGGUCACAUGCUCCAAUGUUUGCUACUUGCCUGAGUUGAUCACUAGAGGCACGGAGAGGCUUUUAUCACGAAUUGCAGACGACACCGCGCACUGCGGAGAAGAAAUUCACGUCGAUCUAUUUGGAUUGUUUAUCAUUAACAGAUAUAUAUAUCUGCGAAGUGCCUCCUCCUCGGAUUGUACAAUAUGAUUUCCCCGUGGGACCGAUGGCAUUCCACCAGAUGCUGCCUGUGCUGUCAUGUCCGCACGGGCACGGUUAUCCUGGGGGUUUGGUAUAUGCUGAUCAAUGCGGUGGUGUUGCUCAUCCUCGUCACGGCCCUGGGUGAUCCUGACCAGUACCAUCUGACCAGCGCUGAGCUGGCUAACGACUUAGAUGACAUGGAUGACGCCAACAUGUGUAUUGCUUCAGCGAUCUCGUUGCUGAUGAUCCUAAUUUCUGGGAUGGCGACCUACGGUGCGUAUAAGCAACAUGCUGCCUGGAUCAUCCCAUUCUUCUGCUACCAAGUCUUUGACUGCGCACUGAACACCCUGGUGGCUGUUAGUAUUGUGGUCUACCCCAACACCAUACAAGAUUACCUCCAACAGCUGCCUGAGAACUUCCCCUACAAAGAGGACAUCAUGGCCAUGAGCAAUGUGUGCCUGGUCUUCAUCGUGCUCCUCUUCAUCGGAUGCAUCCUCGCCUUCAAGGCGUACCUGAUAGCGUGUGUGUGGAACUGCUACCGGUAUGUGCGUGCAAGAAGCACCACAGAAGUCCUGAUAUACGUCACUACUAAUGACACCACGGUACUGUUACCCCCAUAUGAUGACACCAUGGCUAUUCCAUCCAAGAACGCUCCUCCCCCCUACGGGGCACCCUACAUAGCAUGAAGAACCUGGGCCGCUGUUCUGCUGACGGACUGGACCCCCUUGUUACUACAGCAGCCAGACAUUCCAACCAGACCUGGGCAACAAAUAUAAUAUGUUUUCUUUCCAAUACAUUAUGCAUUUUAUAGUUGGCAUUUGAUAACUGUCACACUGGGUGUGUAGUGUUAGCAAUAUUUUAAUUAAAAAAUAAAUGUUUUGUAAUAAUUUGA